AUGAGCAAUCCGUUCGACGACAUUCCCUUCGACGACGCCCACGGCGCGGCGCCCGCGCCAAAACCGGCAGGCGGCGGCUCGGGCAUCGCCGCGCGCGCCAUGGGCGCCCGGCAGCAGCCGGACUAUCUGACAGGCCUGAACCCCGAGCAGCGCCGCGCCGUCGAAACCACCGAAGGCCCUGUUCUGGUGCUUGCCGGCGCGGGCACCGGCAAGACGCGGGUCCUGACCACACGCAUCGCCCAUAUUCUCGCCCAGGGGCUCGCCUGGCCAAGCCAGGUGCUGGCCGUCACCUUCACCAACAAGGCCGCCCGCGAGAUGAAGGCACGCAUCGGCCUUCUGGUCGGCGGUGCGGUCGAGGGCAUGCCGUGGCUCGGCACGUUCCAUUCGAUCGGCGUGAAGAUGCUGCGCCGCCAUGCCGAGAUGGCCGGCCUGAAGUCCGAUUUCACCAUCCUCGACACGGACGACCAGAUCCGGCUCUUGAAGCAGCUCAUCCAGGCCGAGGGGCUGGACGACAAGCGCUGGCCGGCGCGCCAGUUCGCGAUGAUGAUCGACGGCUGGAAGAACAAGGGUUUCGGCCCCGCCGACAUUCCCGAGGGCGACGCGCGCGCUUUCGCCAACGGCAAGGGCCGGGAACUCUACACCGCCUACCAGAACCGCCUGAAGACACUGAACGCCUGCGAUUUCGGCGACCUUCUGUGCCAUCCGAUCCGCGUCCUGAAGGCCAAUCCCGACGUGCUCGCCGAGUAUCAGCAAAAGUUCCGCUACAUCCUCGUCGACGAGUAUCAGGACACCAACACCGCGCAAUAUCUGUGGCUGCGGCUUCUGGCGCAGCGGCGGGUGAGCGCCCCCACCUCCCCCUUGAGGGGAGGUCGGAGAAGCGAGCAAAGCGAAGCUGAUCCGGGUGGGGGUGACAUCGGUGCCGAUACCCCCACCCGGCUCGACACUGUCUCGCCGACCUCCCCUCAAGGGGGAGGUGGAAACGCUGCACCGCCGAAUAUUUGCUGCGUCGGCGAUGACGACCAGUCGAUCUAUGGCUGGCGCGGGGCCGACGUCGACAACAUUCUGCGCUUCGAAAAGGAUUUUCCGGGCGCCACCGUCGUCAAGCUGGAACGCAACUACCGCUCGACCGCUCAUAUCCUCGGCGCCGCCUCCCACCUGAUCGGCCACAAUGAAGGCCGGCUCGGCAAGACCCUGUUCACCGACGCAGCCGACCCGGACGACCCCAAGGUCAAUGUGCAUGCCGCCUGGGACUCCGAGGAGGAAGCGCGCGCCGUCGGCGAGACGAUCGAGCGCCACCAGCGCGACGGCAACAAUCUCAACGACAUGGCGAUCCUCGUGCGCGCCUCCUUCCAGAUGCGCGAAUUCGAGGACCGCUUCGUCACGCUGGGGCUCAACUAUCGCGUCAUUGGGGGCCCGCGCUUUUACGAGCGCAUGGAGGUGCGCGACGCGAUGGCCUAUUUCCGCGUCGUCUGCCAGCCUGCCGACGAUCUGGCCUUCGAGCGCAUCGUCAACACGCCCAAGCGGGGCCUCGGCGAUGCCUCGGUGCGUCUCGUGCACGAUUACGCGCGCAGGAAGGGCAUGCCCAUGCUGGCCGCCGCCGCCGAGAUCGUCGCCACCGAGGAAAUGAAGCCCAAGCCGCGCGCCGCCCUGCGCGGCGUCGUCGAGAACUUUGCCCGCUGGCAGGAACGGCUCGACAACACGCCGCACGCCGAACUGGCCGAGACGAUCCUCGAGGAAAGCGGCUACACGGCCAUGUGGCAGGCCGACCGGUCGGCCGAGGCGCCGGGGCGGCUGGAAAACCUGAAAGAACUCAUCCGCUCGAUGGAAGAGUUCGAAUCCAUGCGCGCCUUCCUCGAACAUGUCUCGCUCGUCAUGGAUGCCGAGCAGAACGAGGACAUGGAUGCGGUCUCGAUCAUGACGCUGCAUGCGGCCAAGGGGCUCGAAUUCGACACGGUGUUCCUGCCCGGCUGGGAGGAAGGCCUGUUUCCGCAUCAGCGCGCGCUCGACGAGGGCGGCCGGUCGGGCCUCGAGGAAGAACGGCGCCUCGCCUAUGUCGGGCUCACCCGCGCCAAGCGCAACUGCCACAUCUGGUUCGUCUCCAACCGGCGCAUUCACGGCCUGUGGCAGUCGACCAUUCCCUCGCGCUUUCUCGACGAACUGCCGACGGACCAUGUGGACGUUGCCGAACCGCCCACCUCCUAUGGCGGUCAUGGCGGCUACGGCCAGUCGCGCUUUGACCGCGCCGAUACGUUCUCGACCAGGCGCGAAUCGCCCGGCUGGCGCCGCGCCCAGGCCAACCAGACCGAGGCGACGCGCGGCAAUUGGGGCUCGCGCUCGGGCAUCGCCGUGGAGCGCAUCGGCUAUGGCGAGACGGAUUCAGGCUUCGGCGCCGGCAAGGGUUCGGUCAAGGGCCGGGUGAUCGAGGGCGAGCUGAUCGCCAAAUCCGUCGCCGACGAGCCCUCCGCCUUUGCCGUUGGCGACCGGGUGUUCCACCUCAAGUUCGGCAAUGGCAACAUCACCGCCAUCGAGGGCAACAAGCUGACCAUCGCCUUCGACAAGGCCGGCGAGAAGAAGGUGCUGGACGGGUUCGUGGAGAUGGUGUGA